GUCUGGCACAGAAACGAGUACAGCUUCGAUACACGUCGUUUUGCCAAAAGCGUAGCAGGGCAGCCAAAGCAAUGAAAAAAAUAAAUGAGGAAAAAAAUUCGUGAAGCGAGAACCGUACCGUAAUUCCCCCAGUGCGAAUCACGCCAUUGUGUAAGCAAAUCUUAUUUGCUAUUGUGCGAGGGCAUUUUACGAGUAACGGCCGAAUUGUGCGUAUAACGAAAAAUAUACUACUUAAAUUUUCAAGCAAUUUACAAAUUCUUGCGUGCUGCCUGCCUGCCGUGUCGGUGUGUCUGUGUGCAUGUGUUAGAUUAGCAUCGAGUACCCCAGGAAUCUAGCGGACCAAAUGCCGCAGAAGCCGGCCGCCGGAUCAGCAUCAAAACGAUGGCCCCAGCGCUCACAGCAGAGCCACUAAGUCCCAAGGAGAAGCUAACCAGCACCGCCUCGCCCUCGGCUCGCAGUUCCUCGGAAAGCGGAGGACUUGUCGUUGGCGGAGGAGUGGUCGGAGUGGCUAAAAAGCCGGCAACGCCCACGCCGGCAAUAGCAACAACACGCGUCACCCGCUCGUCUGCGGCAGCGGCCACAGUGGCUGCUUCCCCGCAGCAGCAGAGAUCCUCGCCAGCAGUUAAUAACAAACGGAAGUCCGGCAGUGCUAAAGUCAGCAAUGAUCCAAUGGGGCUGAGCACAGCCCCCAAUCCACACAGCAGCAGCAGCAGCAGUACUCCCAAUCCCUCGACGGAUGCUGCAGUUGCAUCCACCUCUGCCUUGGAAAACAACAAUAAUAACAACAGCAGCAGCACCUCCACGAGCAACAGCUCCACACCGAAGGACAAUUCCACGGCCCAGCUGCUGGCGGAUUUAACCAUAAAUUUUGAGGAAACCAUUUCCGCUGAGAUUUGCCUAAGGAAGACCCUGCCCGAUGUGAGUCUGGGCAAAGAACCGGCCACGCCUGCUUCCGUGCUGGCAGUGGCCACCGGAUCUACAAGUUCCGGAAGCGCGUUGAUAGGGGAAGUCCCGAUGUCUGCAGCGGAUGAACUGCAAAAGAUGGAAACAGAUAAUAUAGAGGAGCGUCUCAGCCAGCUGGAUGGAAAUGCCAGUGUUAUGCUGGAGGAUCCCGUGCCUCCCCCUUCUGUACUACCGCCUGUACAAGAAUCGCCCGGCACGCCCAGCAGACCGCAGCAGCCGCCUCUUAAUGCCCAGCUGGAGUCACCCCAGCCGACGAGGACGCAGCAGCAGCCACCACUUCAACAGAUGACGCCGCAGAGCACCUCCAGUUCCAUAAACUUUCUGAAAGACGGUGCCGCCGGCGCAGUGCUCGAGGAUCAGGACAUCGAGGAGGUGCUUAAGGCGCUAAAGACAUUUGACGGCGGCCACGUUAAUCCCGAUACAAUCUGCGAGUUCUUUAACGACGUGUGGGAGGAGCAAGCUCCUGCAGCGCCCUUACCCGCAGCAGCUCCUGAGAAUGUUGUCGGCCUGCCGGAGGUAAAGCCCAGCUGCAGUGGCAGCGAGGACAUCCUUGUUAGCAGCAGCAACUGCAUUUCCCAGGCGAAUGCGAGUGUCAAGCAUGAGCUGAGGCCCUGGCAGGAGAGCCACGCUGAAUUGGAGCAGCAACAGCAUAGGCUGUCGCGUCGCAUUGACUUCUUGCUGCGCAGGAUGCGCAAGACGCAGGCGCGCCUGAUGUGCCGCCACACCAGCGAGGAGGUGGCCGGCAUCUUGGAGUGGUCCGCCCGCAGUUCCCACAAGGCGCCCAAUCCGGCGAGGAGUGCCACACUGUCCGAACAGGAGGCCACCGUCCUGUCGAUUGUUUCCGGAAGGCCGGGCGCUUCCUUCUGGGAGGAGCACAACAAGCAUCCGCUGCCCGCCAGUCAGAUGAGCAAUGUGAUCCGGCAUAUUACGACGGCGGCCCGAAACCAGCAGAUCUGCCAAACGGCCAGCGGCAGUUCAGCAACUCUGGCGCCAUCCUCCAGCUGGUACAACAACUCCAACAGUUCAACGCUGCCGGGAAAGCGUCCGCGAAAGAAUCAACUUGAUGCUACGAUGACAACGGGAUCGGCAUCUGCAUCUUCGUCGGCAGCGGGAGCGGCAGGCACAAUGGGAUCCACAACGGAUGCGAAUACGCCGCGCGCGGAUGACAUUGUGCCCAGCUACGACACCUAUGUGACCAGCGAACUUACCCAUGUGGCCGGUUUGCUGCACACGGAGCUCCGAGAGGUGCAGAACGCCAUCGAUUCGGAUGCCACGGAGUCCAGUUCCGGUGGUGAGUCCGCCGACGAGAUGGUCACCUACAACAACACCCAGCAGCUGUCGCUAUCCAUCACCCGACGGGCCGUGUGGCGGUAUUCGAAAGACCGAGCAGGCAUAGCCUUGCGCUGGUCGUGGCUCUGCUCCCAGCUGAACGACCUGGACAUGAAGAUACGCCAAUACCAUGAUCUUCACUUGGAGCUAACGCAGUCGAAGGGUCAUGUGCAGUUGGAGGCCACAGCCAAGGCAUUGCCGUUGCUGCCACCGCCUGCCAAUGGCAUCAAGGAGGAAGUAUCCCCCGACUAUCUCUGCAGUCGAACGAGGCCAUUGGUGCAGUCCGAGUUCCGCAAGCGCAAGCUCUUCCAGACGACCAACAUGCACACGAUUUCCAAGAAGGCAGCGCGGCCCAGCAACAUUAAAUGCGGCUGCCAGUGGCCGCAGGUGCCAUGUACUCUGUGCACGGGUCGUGCGGAUCCCACAGCGCCACGGGAUCUGGUCGAGACGAUGAUGCCGGCCAACCGGGUGGCGCUGCUCGACGCAGGCUACCAUCCAGUGCUCAGUUUCGCCAGUGAUGUCAGCCAGUCUGUGCACUUGGAGGCCGUUGCCCGCCAGCCGGACUGGCAGUACCGCGUCAUGCGCUGCCAGACCAAGGCCAUUGUUAAGGCCAUGUACAAGGCGGAGCGCGAGACGCUGGCCUCCGGCGGCAUCGGCGGACAGGCUGGCAGCCGGCGAUCGGGCGAUGGCGUCAAGCGGCGUUAUAUACGACGCAAGGAGCGCAACAAUAACUCAAAUAAGGAGGCUGGCAGCGGAGUUAAAGCUGCAGCGGCGGCAGGAGGAGGAGCGGGCGGAAACGGAGGCGUCGGGGGAGGGGAGAGCGGAAACGGUACUGGUACUGCUACUACUUCUUCUUCUACUACGCCUACUACAACGCCACUUGUGGCCAACACGGCCAAGGGCAAGAGGCAGCCACAACAGUCAACUGGAGCGAGCAGUUCCAGCUCGCCGUGGCCAGACUCUCGCCAACGCCAACAACCACGCCACCACAGUCCCUCCUCAACCUCGAUCUCGACACAGAGCGGCGCUAAGAGGUCACGCAAAGCCACUAACACCAGCAGCAGCAGCAAUUCCACACAGCAGCAGCAGAAUCAACACGGCAGCAACAUCAAAAACCAUCAUCUCAACGGAUUCGGGGAUCAGUGGGGGGAGCCAAGCAGGAGUCGUCGCAACUCCUCGCCAUCCCACAGCCAUCGAAAUGAAAGAACCUCGGAGCGUCGCGUUCGUCCCAUCUACGACAUCAAUAACAUCGUAAUACCCUACAGCAUGCUAGCCCAGUCGAAAAUGGAGAUUCUUCCCUACAAGGAGAUACCCAUACCAAAGUGGCGCAUUGUAGACAGUGAUAAUGAUAAGGCAAAACAUUCGUCGGAUGAGUCAACCGAUUGCAAACUCAGCAAUGGAAGUAUCGCAUCAACGUCAGAGGAGCUAUCCAAACAACAGCCCCCUCCCAACCAACCACAACAACAGCCCGCCGUACAGCCUCCAAAGGUCAAUGGGUUGAGGGAAAAACAGGCAGUCAAGCACAAUAACAAUAGCGUAAACAAGAAUAAUAAUAAAAACGGACUGCUGAAUGGCAACGCCAAUAAGGAUGAACAGAAGACAGUGGAGGAUAACAAUGCGCAAGAAAAGGAGGUUGUCGAGCCUAAGGAAAAAGGGACUCAACCCAAGCUCAACGGUAACAUAGCAAAAAGUCCAACUGUUAAAAAUGUUGAAAAGCAAGAGGAGAUCGCUCAGAUUGGCUCAGAGCCACCACUGCCCAAGCGACCGAAGCUGGAGAAGCCAGUCGAUGUGGUCAUUAAGCCCAAGGCCAAUGGUCAGGUAGUGGAGCUGCCCCAGGAAGCCAGCGCCGAGGAGCAGAAGUUACAUCCCAAGGAGGAUCUCUCCGAUGAGGCGUUCGUCUUGCGACAUCAGCGCGCUCUGCUCGAGGAGCGACGCCGAUUUGAGACCUUCCUCAAGUUUCCCUGGAGCACACGAUCCCGUGCAAAUCGACGGAUCGACAGUCGUGCAGAAUCGAGUGGCGCCAACACGCCAGAUCCCGCCUCGCCAGCUCCGCACCUCGGUGGUGCUGGGCACGACAACGAAAGCAUUCCCUCGCCGCUGGCACAUCCACUGGACGGGUUCAAUGACAGUGGCGAGAUGCUGCCGGGCGGACAGCGCCAAGCCCGACGCCGCACCACGUCCAGCAAGCUCAAGGAUCAGGUGGAGCGGCGCAGCACCACGCCCGAUUCGCGAGAGCCCUAUGCGCUCCUGCCUCCGCCAUUCGAGCCCCUAAACUUUCCACUCUCCGAUGAGGUCUACCAGCGAAUGCUGGCAGAGACUUAUGCGCCGCCCAGGUCGAUGUCUGCCUCCAAGCGGGCAAAAAGCAAGUCGAUAUCCUCCAACUGCGACGGGAGCAGUUCGACGGGGGGUGGGAGCAGUAGUCGGCGGAGCAGCAAGUCCAAGAUUAAGCUAAAUGGCCAGCUAAAUGGUCACCCUGCGACAGCGAAGAUAAACGGCGCGGGUGGGGGAAAGGAAGGUGGAGUUUCCGAGCCUGAGGAGGAGGAUAUGCUGCUGGAGGAGGAGGACGACGACUAUCCCAAGCAUCAUCUGGCGCCGCUGGACGAUGAGGAGCAGUCGACUCCGGAUGCCGAGCAGGAUCAGUACGAUGCGGCGAUCGAUGCCUAUCUGGGCGAUCCGGAGGCGCUUGAGGAGGACAUGGCCGAUGAUCCAUUCGAGGACGACGACCCAAACGAUCCGGAGUGGAAGACCCGGACCGAUGGUGUUCGCAGCAGACGCAUCUAGACCAAAACCCAAAGCAAAUAACUCUCGUUUUCGUGAUUUAAGUCUUUUAAACGAUUUGUCAAUUUUUUAAGUCCCUCACACUACACACACACACACACAACACAAAUCAGCCGGCGCAGAGCAACAAUUUUAAACUGUUUUAAACGGAUUGGUUUGGACUCACAACAGCAUUGCGUACUCUAAGCAAUCGUCUAAGUUAUUUAGUUCUACGAAACCACACAAAACGCAGAUAAGCAAAACACAACAAUAUACACAACAAACGAAGAAGAAGAAGAAAGCGAAACUCUUGAAAUAAUCGAUGUAAAUAAAUGCUAAACAUAUAGAGCUAAGCAGUUACUGAUAAAUGUAAACUAAUCGGUGGUCGUUAGGAGAUCAUCGAACUCACCCACCAAGUCGUUAGUGCGUGGUGGGUGCGUUCGGUUGGAAUGGUGGUCAGCGGUUAAGCAGAAACAACAAACCCACUUGGGCUUCAAGCCAAAGUGCGCUAAGGAUAAAGAAUUAAGUUAAUCUAAAUAUAUAUAUUUACGAAAAACACAUUUAAAUAUACUAUAUGCAUACAUAAACAUGUAAAUGCCAAGAGAGCAGUUAGCAGAAGAUUUGAAAUGUAUUCGCACCUGCACACAAACGAUAUAACAACUAAACUAAACAAAGCGAUUCUGUAAAUUGAUCAAGCUUACCCGUUAGCCUCUAGCCUAACAAUUAAUCAACUGGCUCUAGGCCCGUAUUUCUUAUAUUUUAAAAAGUUUAAAUGUAUAGAGCGGAAUUCGAAGGCGAAAUGUGAAAAGCGAUCGAUCGAUAAAUGUAUGUACAUGUAUUUUAGUUGCUUAGGCGUUUUCAUUUCUACCUUAAAAGUUAGUGGCUAAUUGUAGCGAUUAAAACUUAAACAAAAAAAAAAAAACAACCAUAAGCAAAACUAGUGCGGCUAUGACCGCGUAAAUGUUUAUUCUAAUUUCGUUUUUUACUAUAUACUGCGCAUGUUUCACCGCAAAGCUAGAAACCCGAUUCAUUCGUUAAAACUUGAAAAGAAAUACAACAGAAAUGUGAAGAUAAACUAAGGAUGGCAGAAAUACAGAAUUAUAUAUUCGUAAAAAUGA